CUAUUCCUUGGUCUUGAUUCUGGGUGCAUGAUCCCUGCUUUCCCGGCCUAAAAAAGAAAAGGUCUAUUCUAGGCCAAGGCUUCAGGACUUGGCAUAGAGGAGGGAUGGGGUCAAGGAUUCAUCCUCCUCCUCUCAGCAGUAAGCAAUAAAAAUCUUGGUGCUAAGUUCACCCCACCUCUGUGGGGCUUGUCUGUGGGGAAGAAGGCCAGGCAGUCACUAGAUAUAAGAAUCAGGCCUGUCCAGUAGUAACAGUGACAACAACAAUAAUGCAGGGUUCCCUCAUUGUCCAAAUCUCCUUGAUUCUGAGGAUGAUGGGGAGAACUUGAAUGGCUAGAGGACAAUGUGUUACUCAAUUAGGUUUCAUUCCUGCAUUUCUCAUAGAGAGUAGUGAGUUUGAAUAACAAGAUGCCAGACCUAUCUUAUUUAUCCUGAACAUCUAUCCAAACCUGUUGAUAAUGACACAAGCAUUUCUCACUGUCCCAAUCUAUUUGGUACCUGAAUUCUGAGAGGGAAAGUUACCAAAGUUCAGACAGUGAAACCUACCAAAUUAUCUGAAGGUAUUUUCUUUCACAUCUUACAUAGUGAGUAGGGAAAAUCAAGAUAAUGAGGAAUAAUGACUCUCAGUCAAAAAUAUAUCCAAAUCUAUGAACUUUCUUGAGCUCCAGGGACAAGAGUUGGGAUAGUGAGGGCACCCUGUUAUGUAAAUAUAUUUGGUUCCUGCAUUUUGCCUGGAGAGUAAGGAAAGUUCAAGAAUGAGGGAUACCAAUUGUAUCUUUAAAAUGUUUCCAAAUCCAUUCAGUUCUUGCAUUUGGAUGGUGAGAGUUCAGACAAUUUCUCUGAAUGUAUUUGGUUCCUGCAUUUUUGAUGUUGAGAAAGGAGAGGUUGGAUCAUGAGGGAAACAGCUCUGUUUCAAAUAUGUCUCAUUUGGUGAGCAGGGAGGGUUUGGUGUCUGGAUAGCAAGUAGAAUUUGGAAGCUGAGGGAUACCAGUUCUGUCUCAAAAAUGCAUUUGAAUAUACUUAGUCUCUGAUUUUGGAUAGCAAGAGUUCAGACAAGUUAUCUGAGGAAAAACAACGUUUCAAAUUUAUCAAGUGAGACUGGAAGGACACCAGCUCUGUCUGGAAAAAAUGUAUCUGAAUGUAUCUACUUGAUUUCUGACUUUGUUUGGGGAAGAAUGCUUGUAACUGUGACAGCCAACAUAUACAGAGCUCUUACCAGACACUGUUCUACACAAGCUUUAAAUGUAUUAACUGAUUUAAUGCUCGCAAUAGCCCCGUGAGGUACCUACUUUUAUCAUCGUCCCCAAUUGACAGAGAGGCACAGAGAGGUUAAGUGUCUUGUUCAAGCCGUCACACAGACAGUAAGUGGCAGAGCUGGGUUGAAUGCCAGAUUCACCAUUUACUAGUGAUGGCAGGGUCACGUGAGCCCCAGGACCCAGCUAGGGUGGGGCUUAAAUGUUGGGUCAUCUUUGAGGCUGUUAAAAGUGGGUGAAGGGGAGGAAGGCAGCAAAACACACUGCCAUGUGUGUACCUAUGCAACUAUCUUGCAUGUUCUGCACAUGUACCCCAAAACCUAAAAUGCAAUAAAAAAAAAAGUCAUGGACCAGGGCAAUGAUGUGCACUGGUGACUCUGCCUCAUUUGUCUGCCUGGCCCAGGAAGUCCGGUUACUUGCUCUCCCCCAGUUACCCCUGCAACAGCCCACCUCUGCGUGAGUGUAUUAAUUGUUGUUAGUAACAGUCAUUAAUGACAUGGUGUGUUUCCCUGCACUUUGAAAUGCCUUUCACUUGGCCUCCAUUGUCUCUGUAACCACCUUUUACCCAUCUUACAGAUGAGGAGAAUUAAGCUUUAAGACUCAAUACACAUUGCCAGCCAGAUUCUCAUCCCUCUUGGCUCUGAUUUCUUUUUUUUUUUUGAAAUGGAGUCUUGCUGUGUCACCCAGGCUGGAGUGCAGUGGCGCAAUCUCGGCUCACUGCAACCUCUGCCUCCCGGGUUCAAGUGAUUCUCCUGCCUCAGCCUCCCAAGUAGCUGGGAUUACAGGCAUGUGACCUGUAAUUAGCCCAGCUAAUUUUGUGUUUUUAGUAAUUUUGUAUUUUUAGUAGAGGUUUCUUCAUGUUGGUCAGGCUGGUCUCGAAAUCCCGACCUCAGGUGAUCUGCCCACCUUGGCCUCCCAAAGUGCUGGCAUUACAGGUGUAAGCCACUGCACCCAGGUGGCUCUGAUUUUAUUAUUGUCCUUCCCAACAUCCUUGAUGGCCCACAAGAGGUGGGAGAGGCUGUGGCCAAGAGAACACUCCCCACUAACACCCAGUGCCCACCUUACUGCUGCCCACCUCUACCAGCCCCAGGCAGUGAAGGGAAGAGGGGGAUGAAAGGGGCCUUUUCGUUCCAUGCUGGAAAUCUCACAUCCAGGAAGAAAGGUGGGCAGGGAUGGCGGGAGGCCUUAAUAGUGUGAGUCUAGGGCACUGCUGAUUCAGAGUGAGCUCCUCUCUAGCCUCGGCCCACCUGCAGCUUUCCUCACUCCACCUCAUGGUGUGGGCUAUUGCAGGGGGCUGGGUGGGGCUUGGGCCCUGGGCCCUGAAGUCACAGAGCAGAUGGUCCUGAGUGGAGCACAGGAUGUAUGCUGUGUGCUGGGACAGGCCCGGAGCCCAGGUGGUGGUGGUGGAGCCGGGGGACAGUACAUUGUAGGGACUCAAGGCUCUCAUUUCCUUCUCUGGCAUGAAGCCUGACUCUCCGAAGGGGAGAGACCCAGCAUGGAUGUGAAGAAGCAAGAGCCCCCUUCCCUACUUCUCCCCGAUUGCAGGAGUAGCCUCUGUCUGCCUCCCAGCCAGGACCCAGCCCCCAGAAAUUCUGAUUCCACCUGCUCUUCUGCCACUGUGAUCUGAAUCAGGCCUCUUCACCUCUCUAAGCCUCAGCUUCUACGUCUAUAAAAUGGCUGUGAGUUUGGGUGAGGUCUUCCUAAAAAAAUAAUAAAAAUAAAAUGAAAUAAAGUGGCUGUGAGGAGGCUGGGUCUGUGCUAUCCUCCUACAUUUGUAGGGACCAAGAGGGGUCAAAACCUAUGAGUGUUUUGUAGGGCAUAAGUUGUGCUUGGUUUUAUUGAAAUUAUUUCUUCUGGAGCCACAGAAGGUGGUGGGAUCUUGAGGCCUGGCCUCUCCUUAGACAGGUCGACUUACUCUGUCCCCAACUUGGGAAACUAUUCCCCAGUGAGGGUGGAAAUUGCCCCAAGACCUUCUACCACUGCCUUUCCCUGGCAGGAAAGAGUAGGGGCCUCAGAAUGUGAUGCUUACUGCCAAGAGACAGAAACCCAGUAUCCACCCAAAGCCUCCCAUGUACUUUACAGCUCCCCACACCUCUAUGGCCCAGAUCCAAGGUGUCCCUUGAGUGCGCCGGGUCUAAUUCUCUGGGAAUUUGGGCAGUAGGAGAGGGAGCUUCUGCUCCCACCACUCUCAGCCCUUCUUCCCAGUUUUCUGCUAAGUGUAUGGGGUGAGGAGGCACAUGCCUCCAUGCCUGGCCAAUGUUUUAAUAAUUUUUUUCAUAGAGAUGGGGGGGGGGUCUCACUAUGUUGCACAGGCUGGCCUUGAACUCUUAGCUUUAAGCAAUCCUCCCAUCUCGGCCUCUCAAAGUGCUGAGAUUACAUGCAUGAGCCAUGCUGCCUAGCCCAGGGUGUUUUCUUAGACAUGCUGUGCACCCUGAGCGGACCUGGCCCUGAGACUACCCCAGGGGUGGCUCUAGUCCUGGUGACAGACAGGCAAGGGUUAAAAGGUGUGGGACGGCCCAGUUCCUGGCCAGGUAGGCUGGGCCAUUACCUAGUAGGAGGUGGCCAAGGCAUCUGCCACUGCUGCUCACUGCCACUACCAGCCGGAGCCAGGGCCUGGUCGAGACAACUAUUUUUGAGGUAUCUGAGGCUACCCCACAGCGCUCUCUGGCAUUGGCAAGACUCCUGGCUGUGACCCAUGGGCCUCUGAGGAGGCGUUGUAAGUCCGCCCAGCUCCCCACUUGCUGUGCUCCCACUCAAUGCGAAGGGAACCAAGACUUUGUCCAGCCAUCAGCCACGGCCUCUCAACAGCACCAAGAUGGAAGUCAAAGGUCAGCUGAUCAGCUCUCCUACCUUCAAUGCCCCAGCUGCCCUGUUCGGAGAGGCUGCCCCCCAGGUGAAGUCAGAGCGUCUGCGGGGGUUGCUUGACCGGCAGCGGACCCUACAGGAGGCCCUGAGCCUGAAACUUCAGGAGCUCCGCAAAGUGUGUCUCCAGGAGGCGGAGCUGACUGGCCAGCUGCCCCCUGAGUGCCCGUUGGAGCCUGGUGAACGGCCCCAGUUGGUCCGCCGGCGGCCCCCCACAGCCCGCGCCUACCCUCCACCACACCCCAACCCAGCACACCACUCCUUGUGCCCUGCUGAGGAGCUGGCUCUUGAGGCCCUGGAGCGUGAGGUGUCGGUGCAGCAGCAGAUUGCAGCAGCUGCCCGCCGCCUGGCCCUGGCCCCUGAUUUGAGCACCGAGCAGCGCCGGCGCCGGCGCCAGGUCCAGGCAGACGCACUGCGGAGGCUGCACGAGCUGGAGGAGCAGCUCGGGGACGUCCGGGCCCGCCUUGGCCUCCCAGUGCUCCCACCACCCCAGCCACUGCCACUGUCUACGGGGCCAGUGAUCACCGCCCAGGGAGUCUGCCUGGGCAUGCGGCUCACUCAGCUCAGCCAAGAGGACGUAGUUCUGCACUCGGAGAGCAGCUCCCUCUCAGAAUCUGGGGCCAGCCAUGACAACGAGGAGCCCCAUGGCUGCUUCUCUAUGGCCGAGCGCCCCUCACCACCCAAGGCUUGGGACCAGCUGCGGGCAGUAUCUGGGGGGAGCCCUGAGCGGCGAACCCCAUGGAAACCACCCCCAUCAGAUCUUUACGGGGAUCUGAAGAGCCGGCGGAACUCUGUGGCCAGCCCCACCAGCCCCACACGCUCGCUGCCCAGGAGUGCCUCCAGUUUUGAGGGCCGAAGUGUGCCUGCCACCCCUGUCCUCACCCGGGGCGCUGGCCCCCAGCUCUGCAAACCUGAAGGCCUUCAUUCUCGCCAGUGGUCCGGCAGCCAGGACUCCCAGAUGGGUUUCCCCCGGGCAGACCCUGCCUCCGAUCGCGCCUCCCUCUUCGUAGCUCGCACCCGCCGCAGCAACAGCUCUGAGGCCCUGCUGGUGGACCGGGCAGCUGGUGGGGGAGCCGGCUCCCCGCCUGCCCCUCUGGCUCCCUCUGCCUCUGGCCCCCCAGUCUGCAAGAGCAGUGAGGUGUUGUAUGAGCGCCCCCAACCAACCCCUGCCUUCUCCUCCCGCACAGCUGGGCCCCCAGACCCUCCCCGGGCCGCCCGGCCUAGCUCAGCUGCCCCUGCCUCUCGAGGUGCCCCCCGGCUCCCACCUGUGUGUGGGGACUUCCUCUUGGACUAUUCCCUGGAUCGUGGCCUGCCCCGCAGUGGCGGUGGAGCAGGCUGGGGGGAGCUGUUGCCUGCAGCUGAGGUCCCAGGACCGCUCUCCCGCCGGGACGGGCUCCUCACCAUGCUCCCUGGCCCACCACCUGUGUAUGCAGCUGAUGGCAACAGCCCCCUCCUCCGCACCAAGGACCCCCACACCCGUGCCACGCGCACCAAGCCCUGUGGCCUGCCCCCAGAGGCUGCUGAGGGCCCUGAGGUACAUCCAAACCCUCUGCUGUGGAUGCCCCCACCCACCCGUAUCCCUUCAGCUGGUGAACGCAGUGGCCACAAGAACCUGGCCCUGGAGGGGCUGCGGGACUGGUACAUCCGGAACUCAGGACUGGCUGCGGGGCCCCAGCGCCGGCCUGUGCUCCCCUCUGCGGGCCCGUCACACCCAACCUUUCUCCAUGCCCGCUGCUAUGAAGUGGGCCAGGCGCUGUACGGGGCCCCCAGCCAGGCGCCACUCCCACACUCGAGGAGUUUCACGGCACCCCCUGUCUCUGGCAGAUACUACGCGGACUUCCUGUAUCCCCCGGAGCUGAGCGCUCGUUUAAGUGACCUGACGCUAGAGGGGGAGCAGUCCUCCAGUUCUGACACCCAGACCCCAGGGACGCUGGUCUGACCCCUUCUGAUAUGCCCCUUGUUGGCCUGGGCACGAUUCCAGUCUGGGGAGCACACAGCUGACCUCGAUGGGCCCUGGGAUGUGGUUGCUCUCAGUCCUGAGCGGAGUGUGCCAACCUUACCUUCCAAGGCCUCUGGCUUCCUGUGGGCCCAGGAAGGUGUCUGACACCCUGCUUCUCUCACACUGUACUGGGGACUGGGGGCCUUCAGCCAGCUUAAAAGAGAGGGGAUGAUGUCAUGGGGACCCCAAGCCCCUUCCUCCAUUUCUGUUUACAGUUGUAACUUAGGUAUUCACUGUCUUCCUCCAACACUAGGCGUUUUAUAAAAGGGAAACUGUGAUCUCAUCUGGUUGGGUUCAUUCCUAUUCCCAUGCCCAACCAGGUUCCAUUCAGGAACCCCCUCCAUAAAAUGGACCAUAUCGGGUCUCAGGGCCAUUUAGGGCAGCCAGGAGACUCUGGUGUGAACAGAAGUCCCUGCCACCCAUUGCCAGGGCGUUAGUGGGGCAGUGAGCUCUCUGCCCACACUUGGAAGGACUACAGUCUGGGUGGGAUGCCUGAAGAAGCCCAGUUCCAUCUGUGCCCAAAGCCUCUAUCCUGACCACCCCUAGUCAGGAGACCCCACAGGAGGGGCAAAGGGCUAUAUGUGUGCUGUGUCCUGGGAUGCUGUGGGGUUGAACCUGGCAUCCAGUAGAUGCCAGUAAAAUCCUCAGGUGAGGUCUGGCCACAGGCCACGGGCCACUCACACCUUCCUUGGCUUUCCUUCCAUCCACCACUUAUUGUUUUUUUGUGGGGUGGAGUCUUGCCCUGUCAUCCAGACUGGAGUUUAGUGGCACGGUCUUGGCUCACUGCAACCUCCGCCUCCUGGGUUCAAGAAAUUCUCCUGCCUCAGCUGCCUGAGUAGCUGGGAUUACAGGUACAUGCCACCACGCCCGGCUGAUUUUUGUUUUCUUUGUAGAGACAGGGUUUCACCAUGUUGGCCAGGCUGGUCUCGAACCCUUGACCUCGUGAUCUGCCCACCUCAGUCUCCCAAAGUGCUGGGAUUACAGGUGUGAGACACUGUGCCCAGCCCCCAUCUACCACUUUUUAAGCAAACUCACACAAGUUGUGUUUUCUAUGAUACCUGUCUGUGACUUUCUGGAGCUGGGGGUUCCCCUACCCCCUUUUCCUGGUGUUAAACUUUUCUUUUUGUACCAAUGGAUCUGGGCCCAAGACAUUACCCACACUGGAAGGGGAUUUCUAUAAUAAAUGUGUAAACUGAA